AUGAACUUCCUGAUUAUGCUAAGCAGACAGCCACAGCCCAGCUGGAGCAUUGAGCUGAGCACAGACAAUUCCAUAGUGAGCAAAGCUGCGGUGGCCACAACCACAUCCCCGCCAGCAGCCCCGCCCCCAGCUGCGACUCCAGUGCGCAGCUUCAAGGGUCGCGUGCAGACGACAACGCCGCGCAAUGCGAGCAGCAAGCGUCAGGAGCAGCAGCAACUGGUGGCCGCGCUCUCCGCCAAGUCGUACAUCUCGGGACCCACCACACAGCCGUCCAAGCUGGCCAAGCGCGCCGGACUGCCGGCACCAAAGAAGUUCGCCAAGGAUGUGCGCAAUCGCAGCAGCCUCGCCGUCGAGCGCAACAGACUGCAGCACGAGGUGCCCGACCAUGUGCCCGAUUCGUCUGGCUAUGUGCCGCAGCGCAUUGGACAUCCGGUGCAUCUGGAGUAUGGCUCGACGGGCGUGGACUCGAGCGGCGCGCCCACAGGCAGCGCGGGCUACCAUGCCGCGCCAUACGAGGCCAACAAGUGGCACGAGGAGUACUGGGAGCCGGACUACUCCGGGCAACAGCACACGCACAACAGCACCAGAGUACAGCACAUUGAGGCCGAGUGCCAGGAUGAUUAUAUGAAAAUCCGUAUUGGCUUCAAUGGCUCGUUUAGUGGACUGCUCUACUCCGCCGGCUAUGCCUACGAUCCGGAUUGCAUGUACAUCAAUGGCUCUGGCAGGGAUUACUACGAGUUUUAUAUACAACUGAAUCGGUGCGGCACCUUGGGCAAGAAUUCGCUGCAGGAGGAGAGUCGCAAGAAUCCCACGAACUUCAUGUGGAAUACGGUCACGGUGCAGUAUAAUCCUUUGAUUGAGGAGGAGUACGAUGAACAUUUUAAGGUCACCUGCGAAUACGGCUAUGAUUUCUGGAAGACUGUCACGUUUCCCUUUCUGGAUGUUGAAGUGGCAACUGGUAACCCUGUGGUCUUUACCCUGAGUCCACCAGAGUGCUAUAUGGAAAUCCAGAAUGGCUAUGGAAUUGGUGGACCACGCGUGACCGGACCAGUUCGCGUGGGCGAUCCCCUGACCCUGAUCAUCUACAUGAGAAGCAAAUAUGAUGGCUUUGAUAUUGUGGUGAACGAUUGCUAUGCGCACAACGGCGCCAACAAGCGUAUUCAACUGAUCGAUCAGCAGGGCUGUCCCGUGGACGACAAGCUCAUCUCGCGCUUCAGAGGCUCCUGGUCGGAUGCGGGCGUCUUUGAGACGCAGGUCUAUGCGUAUAUGAAAACCUUCCGCUUCACCGGCUCCCCGGCGCUGUAUAUUGAGUGCGAUGUGCGUAUGUGCCAUGGACGUUGUCCGAGUCAGCCGUGUCACUGGCGCAACUUGAAGGCCGUUACCAAGCGCGACACCUCCAACAUGACGGCCACGAAUUUGUCGCUGCCGCCGCUGGCGAAUGCGGCCGUCGAUGGCACGGAGAGUCCGGCGCAGGCUUCGCUGUCGGAGAACGUAAAUCUGUUUCAGUCGCUGCGCGUGCUGCAGGAGGGCGAGUCGGAUGGCGACGAUGUCUAUGCGCAGCGCCGGGCCAAGCCGCAGCUGCCGCACCAGACCUGCCUCAAGACGUCCACGUUCUCUGCCCUAACCGCCAGCUGCUCGGCGCUGCUCUGCGUUCUGGCGGUCACCCUGUUCAUGGCCUGCUCCCGGCUGAAGCGACGCAAGCAAUCGACGCUCUACGACUCCUACAUAGCGCACAAGGGACAGAUUGAUUGA